AUGGAACACCUGUUAGAAGACAUCACAGUGAUCGAUGCGGCGACCUAUCUGGCCGGCCCGGGUGCCGCUACUAUUCUGGCCGACUUCGGCGCUAACGUGAUUAAAAUUGAACCGCCGGGUGGGGAUGGCUAUCGAAGCCUGGUGGGCGCUUAUCCGGUACCGUACCACUGGCUGCUCACGUCGCGGAACAAGCGCAGCCUGGCGAUGGAUCUGCGCAGUGAUGCCGGCCAGGCGCUUAUGCAUGAUCUGGUGGCCAAAGCAGAUGUGCUGACCACCAAUUUCAUGCGUCCCCAGCUCGAAAAGUAUCAGCUGACCUACGAGACCUUAAAAAAGGUCAAUCCGCGCCUGAUUUUUGCGCACAUCUCGGGGUAUGGCCUGAAAGGACCAGAUGCCGACCGGCGCGCGUUUGAUGUGACCGGCUGGUGGGCACGCUCGGGUCUGAUGGAAUUUAUCCGCGAACCUGACCAGACGCCGCUGCCCAUGGCCCCGGGCAUGGGUGAUCACUGCACUGCAACAGCGUUGUUUGGUGCCGUGAUGACGGGUUUAUACCGUCGUGAGCGCACCGGCGAAGGAUCGUUUGUGUCAACUUCGCUGGCAGCAAAUGGCGUGUGGGCCAACGGCAUGGCCCUGCAGGGGGUGAUAGCAGGCAACAAUAUCGGCACCUAUCGGCAGGCCAAAGGCUGGCCGAAUCCGUUCAGUGACGUGUACCGCUGCAGCGAUGGCGACUAUGUGGUGCUGGCGGUGAUCAACACCGCGCGGGAAUAUCCCGCGCUGGCAGGUGCACUUGGGUGCAGCCACUGGCUGCAAGACGAGCGGUUUGCCAGUGUUGGCAGCGUGAUGAAAAACCGACCGGACUUCCACCUGGCAAUGGCCGAGGCUUUUUCUAAAUUCAGUUUUGCCGAGGUCAGCAAACUUCUGGAAACAGCGGGGGUGACCUUCAGUCGGGUGACGCCGAUGGGUGACAUUAUUGAAGACGAGCAAAUGCGCGCCAAUGACAUUGUGGUUGAAACGGAUGACGAGGGUGAGGGUUAUCCGUUGACCAUCAACAGCCCUAUCACCGUAGCGGAAUCUCCCAAACGAAAACCCAGGCGGGCACCCGAUGUGGGCGCAGACAGUCUGGCUGUGCUGCGAGAGGUGGGUAUUGAAGAAGAGCGAAUUCAAGCGCUGCUGGCAAACGAGGAUCUGUCCAUGGAAGAGCUCAAGCGCCUCUGGCAGAUUGGUGACACUAACGGUUUUCACUGGGUGUCCGUAUGGGAUCAUUUUUACGCCAAUCCAUUGAAGGAUAGGGAAAAUCCCUGCUUUGAGGGUGUGGCUGCGAUGGCAGGCCUGGCGGCCUCAACUUCCAAUGUGCGUGUGGGCUGUCUUGUUUUCUGUGCCCUGUUUCGAAAUCCGGGUGUGCUGGCCAAAGCCGGUGUCACCAUUGAUCAUUUAUCCGGUGGGCGCGCUGAUGUAGGCAUUGGCGCCGGCUGGUUUGAGGAAGAGUUCCGUGACUUUGGUUAUGGCUUCCCGCCAUUGGGUCAGCGAUUUGAUCAACUGGAAGAAGCACUGGAGAUUAUCACCGCGCUGUGGCGCGGCGAAAGCGUGGAUUUCAAAGGCAAGUACUACACCAUGAGUGAAGCCGUCUGCGCGCCGAAGCCCCUGGGCUUGCGUUUGUGGAUUGGUGGUCGAGGUAAACAGCGUACCGUAGCGCUCGCUGCCAAAUAUGCAGACGGUUUUAAUAUGCCGUACGUGUCGCCGGAGAUUGCGGCGGAUCGCCUGUCCCGUUUGCAACAGGCCUGUGAAAAAAUCGGCAGGGACCCGGCGGAGAUCGACACCAGCGUCAAUCUCGGCUUCUAUAUGAACUCGGAUAGACAACCGGAUAUCGACCCGAACGGUUCCUUAACCGGCAGUGCCCAGCAGGCGGUAGAUCUGAUUGGUCGCUUUCAGGAUGUGGGCAUUCAAGGCAUCAAUAUUGCCUUUCGUCCGCCGGUAGAUUGGGACAACCUGCAGGUCUACAUUGAAGAGGUGAUGCCUCAUUUUGCCCGGUAG